AUGUUCAGUGAUCCAGUUAAGGAAAAACAAACCAAGAACAAUACACGGUUCACGUUUUCCUGUCCACGCGCCAAAAGAGCAACAGAAAAGGAUGCACCACUGGAUGGCAAGCCCCAGCGUGAUUCAACAACAGCUCGUGUUCAUGAUAUUGGAGACCUCUGCCGUUUCCAAAUCAUUGUUCAUUUUCAUCACCACACAAAGCGCUGGUAUCUUCAAUUGGAUGCAGGCCACAACUUUCUGCACGCCAACCACCACAAGGGCCUGAACCGAAUCAGAAAGUUCCGUCAUGAUCUCCCUCUUCAGAUGCUGGAAACAGCAUCCAAUAUGCUCAGUCAUGGGACACCUACCACCCAUGUCCGGGCAUUGGCACAGACCUUGACUGAUGUCAAUCUCCCGACUAAAGCCUUUACACGGAUUCUGAACGAGACUAAAGCCUUUACACUGAUUCUGGAAAAAUCUUUGCAUAAUGGCCUCAGGGGUAUAUUUAGUCCCUUCAGCCCCCAUGGUGAAUGCAACACACCUGGACAAAUGCUUCUUGACUGGCUUUGUAUUCAUCCAGAUCUCGAUUUGUGA